GUAAAAAAUACUUCUUCAUACAUUUCAAAGCGAAUGAACUAAAUAAAGAUAUCUGGGACCGCGAAAAGAUCUCUAAUAUUAGAUUUUUUGAAAUUUAUGAAGAAGCGCGUAAACAUGCAGAUGACACCGAGUAUACGUCAGCUGAUGAAAAAAAGCUGGGAAAAGGAUGCAGAAAACCUAAGAAAAAAAAAAUUUGUUGAUGAAAAGACAUCUGCUCCAGAAGCAGAGGUCCAUAGCCCGGCAAAGAAAAAAUCAAAAAUAAACAAAAAAAUUGGACCAUCUAAAAAACCAGCUGUACUCAAAAACGUAAUGCUAAAACGUUCCAAAAAAAUAUCAAGUAGAAAUAUUCAACAAUUAAAAAUGGAACGAUGUGUAUUACAAAAUUCUAGCGAAAAUACCAAGCAAGUGAAUACUAAGAAUAAAGAUGAAAAAAGUAUUGAGCCUAAUGUCAAUCAUGUGGAAAAAUCGAAUACAAAUAAUGAGAAUCGAACUAUGAUAUCUGCUAAUUCGAUAUCGAGCAACAAUGGGUUUGUUAAAGGUCCCAAUGAUAAUAGAACAUUUCCAGGAAGUGGUCGAUUGCAGACAGAUGAAAAUUUUAAUGAAAAUAACUAUCAUAACAUUUAUGAUCAGUUAAACGGAAUGGAAAGGAAAAUCAAUUUUCUUGUGGGGGAAAAUACCAAAACCGCAUUGAAAGUAAAUGAUUUGUUACAAAGAGAAAGUAAUAUUUACAAAAUUGAAGGAAAUACUAUUGGUAACCCGGGGGUAUUCAACUCUAUUCUGCCUCUAAAAAGUAUUUAA